AUGCCAGUAGAAGAUACUGAGGACCAGGUUCCUAUUUCCCUCUCCAACCCGGCGAGUGCUGCUCUCACCCCGGGAGGAAUGGAGGAGGAUGGGGCCAACAGAGGAACCGCUGGAUGCUCAAUCUCCAUCACUGGGACCAGCCAGGGGGACGCUGAGCAGCCAGCAAUKGCCUGCCCAGAUAGCACUGGAUCUGGGGAGGGCAGCAGUGCCAUUAAGAAGUCUGGAGCCCUGCUACACAUUGACCGUCAGCGUAUCCAGGCUGUGAGUCCAGCUCCGGGGGCUGCAGAGGCUGCAGGUCUGGGUGUCGCCGUGUACGACCAGGAUGUGUUGGAGCAGGGGGUCUUGCAGCAGGUGGACCAGGCCAUACACGAGGCAGCAGGCUGCAGCCAAGGCCGAGGCAGAGAAGGAGUACAGUCUGUACUGGACGAUGUCAGGUCAUGUAUGGCAGCUCUGAAGCACAUUAAUAAGAUCAUAGAACAGCUGACUCCCUACGCUAUCAGUAAAGACAUUAACAGGAAGAUGGAGUCUGUCAGACGGCAAGAAAGAGACAAGCCCGGCCCAUCUGCUCUGGGCAGUAUGCUGAUGCCGGCACAGGAGACGGAGUGGGAGGAGCUAAUCCGGACGGGUCACAUGACACCGUUAACGAGGGUCCCUCAGAAGGAGGAGAAGAAGGAACCACGCAAGUUCAUGUUGUCUGAAAACUCUGGCUUCGACGCUUACCUGGCGGACCAAGCUAAGAUGGCGGUGGACAGGAAGAGACCUGCACCCCUAAAGCAGAAGAAGAAGACUGCUGUGGCAAGGAAGGGAAAAAGACCAACGGAGCGGUGGGGUCACGCCGAUCCCAAGCCCAGGACGAAGCUUCAAGCUGGGGGAGAUGAGAUGGACAGCGAGGGGUCUGAGUACCUCCCCAGUGAUGAACUGAUGGACCCCGAGAGAGAAGAGAGGGAGGCCCGAGAUGAGGGCUGGGAGAGGAGGAUGAGGUUGAACUACUAUGAGUUAAAGCCCUACAGGAAGAAGAGUGAAAAAAAGGGGAAGAAAGGGGAAAAGGAGAGCGCGGGACGAGGAAGUUUACCCGACAGCUCAGAGGAAGACGAGGGUUCAGGGAAAAAGGGAAAAGAGAAGAUGAAGAAAGACGACGGAGAUGUGGAGUCCUAUAAACAGAGGAUACGGAGGUGGAGGCGGCUGCGGCUGAGAGAGAGGGAGGAGAAGAGGGAGAGAGGAGAGGAGGAGAGUGACCAGAGUGACGCUGAGUUUGAUGAAGGAUUCAAAGUGCCGGGAUUCCUCUGGAAUAAACUCUUCAAGUAAGUAACAAACAAAGUAACAGCUUUUCCCAAUUGUCACUGUAUUUUAGGAGUAGAGUAUAUUGGAGAAGAGAGGAGAGGAGGAGAGAGGAGUAGCUGUCUCUUAUACACAUCUAGAUGUGUAUAAGAGACAGGUCUAAGCUACAGCAAACUACGCACACGAGGGUCCAACUACAGGUACCAAGGACUAGGUCCUACAGUGAUAGUGUGUCCUACAGUCAUGCACCAGUGGGUCAGCGAGUUUCACACCUGGUGGCCCCCAUUCAGAGUGGCUGUCCUACACGACACGGGAUCCUUCACCCAAACAAAGGAGAAGUUGAUMUCAGAGAUGGCAGCAUGUCACGGCGUCUUGAUAACGUCGUAUUCAGCCGUGAGGAUCAUGCAGGAGACCCUGCAGAGAUACGACGGCUGGCACUACGUCAUACUGGACGAGGGACACAAGAUCCGCAACCCWCACGCUGGAAUUACCACUGCCUGCAAACAGUUCCGUACUCCUCAUAGGUUCAUUCUAUCUGGCAGUCCUAUGCAGAACAAUCUGAAGGAGCUGUGGAGUCUAUUUGACUUUGUCUUCCCUGGCAAACUGGGCACGCUGCCUAUUUUUAUGGAACAGUUCUCUGUACCCAUCACCAUGGGGGGCUACAGCAACGCUUCACCUGUAACAGACAAGGUCCAGACAGCGUAUAAGUGUGCGUGUGUUCUGAGGGAUACCAUUAACCCUUACCUGCUCAGACGGAUGAAGGCUGACGUGAAGGCCAACCUCUCUUUACCUGACAAGAAUGAACAGGUUUUGUUUGUCAGGCUAACAGAGGAGCAGCGCGAGGUGUAUCAGGGCUAUCUGGACUCCAAAGUGGUCUACCAAAUACUGAAUGGAGAUAUGCAGGUGUUCGCGGGCCUGAUAGCACUGCGUAAGAUGUGUAACCACCCGGACCUGUUCUCUGGGGGUCCCAAGAUCCUGAAGGGUAUACCAGAGGACCAACUGACUGACGAGGAACACUUUGGGCUUCUGGAAAGCGUUCCGGGGCAAGCCUUGAUUGUGGUGGAAGUACUGCUCGACUUUGGUUGUAAAGCAGGCAACACAGAGGUUCCUGCUGGUUCACAAGUCCAGACAGAGUGGGGGGGCGGGAGUCAACUGACCGGAGCUAACAGAGUCUAUCCUUAUGACCCGACUGCGAACCCGAGCACAGACACACAGGCCCGAGAGCGAGCUUGGAGGAUCGGUCAGAAAAAGGAGGUGACUGUCUAUAGGCUACUGACCGCUGGGACCAUUGAGGAGAAGAUCUACCACAGGCAAAUCUUCAAACACUUCCUGACCAACCGCGUUCUGAAGGACCCCAAACAGCGACGCUUCUUCAAGUCCAACGACGUCUACGAGCUGUUUACCUUAUCUAACCCUGACGGGACUCAGGGCACUGAGACCAGCGCUAUAUUUGCAGGUACGGGUUCUGAUGUCCAAGCUCCUAAGAAGCCAGUCAGACCAAGGUCUAACCAUAGACACUCUGUAACAAAUCACAAUGUUAGCUCCACUGGAGGUGGAGCCAUCCCUUCCCCAUCGCCCCGGCCUGGAGACAGGACCACCCCCCUUCGCAGUAACAUCUCGCUCAAUAAGAACAACAGGCUGACUGACAGCCAGGAAGCCAACCAGGGCGAGGCAGAUAUUCCUAUUGGACAGUCCCAGACAGAAUGUGACACACAGCAUUCUAGGGAGGAGGGAAGCAAUGCUCAUAUACUCACAGACCCAGACAGAGACCAAAACUCCGUUCUGCCCCACAAACACAGAGACUCACCCGUGACCAGCCCAAAUCCACACAAACAUUCACACACUGACUCCGUCAGUCCCAGCACACAGAAACACMGAGACAAACACAGUCCACACAAACACAGAGACUCUYAAGGACCCGGCUCCAGUCCCUACAAACACCGGGAGAAGAGGAAGCACUGUGACUCGACAGUAGAAGGACCUAAAAACAAACACGGGAAUCAGAAACGGGCCAAGGUCGAGGGUCAUCGCAUCUCCUACCUGGUGAAGAAGAGGAGCUACAAAGGACAAGAGGAGCGCGAGGGGCAGCCGGAAAAACGGGACCAGAGACAGAGCGACGACUAUGUACUGGCCAAACUCUUCAAGAAGUCGGGUAUCCACAGUGUGAUGCAGCAUGACUCCAUCAUGGAGGCAUCUAAUCCAGACUUUGUCCUGGUGGAAGCUGAAGCUAACAGAGUAGCUAAAGACGCUUUGAGAGCUCUGAAGGUCUCCAGACAACACUGUAGACUGCCCUACAACCAACCUGCCCCAGCUCCAGCCAGGAAGAGGUUUGGUCAGAAGAAGAAUCCUUUGCUGUCUGCUCCUCCUGCUACASCUGUCCCAGCUCAGGACAAAUGCAAGGACGCUGCCAUCAUCAAGAAAACCAUCGCUAGGAAACCCAUCCCGGGGGUUCACUUCAGUGGAGAAGGGGUAGAGGUGGGAGGCUCUUCCUCUACUACGGCCCCCCUCUCUUCCUCCACUCUACUGGCCCGCAUGAAAGCUAGGAACCACCUCAGCCUGCCCCAGAGAGAAGGGGAUGAAGGAGGAGAGGAAGAGGGGGGUGCGCGUACCCCCUCAGGCCCUCYUGCCCCCCCUACKGAACACGAUGAGCUCCURGUGGAGCUGAGAAACUUUGUGGCAUUCCAGGGAGCUGUGGAUGGACAGGCCAGCACCAAGGAGGUCCUGGACCACUUCACCCCCAGACUGACCCAGACCCAGACCCCUGUCUUCAGAGAACUACUCCGAAACAUCUGUAACUUCCACAGGGCAAAGGGGCAGGAGGGGACGUGGAGACUUAAACCUGACUACAGAUAAUGGGAGUAGGGAGAAGGGGAGAGGAGACUCACAUCUGACUACUUGCAGAGGAGGAGAAGUCUGGGUUKAUGGAGAGGAACUUGAGGCUCAAAAAAAACAUUUGACUGAGGGCGAGAAGAUGGGAAAGAGAGCACAGAGAGGGAGAAGGGGACCUGAGUUACUGUAGUAGUUGGGUUGAGGGGGUGCUAUUAAUGAAAAUGUCUUAUUAUUUUUGUUUGUUUUGUUGUUUACCUGGGAUCUACUUGAAUUCAGACAUUUUACAUGUAACUGACAUUGUAACUAGAAAUUGAUUGCUGUUAUUGUGGCAGCAGGAAAUUAUGCAGAUGUUUUUAAUUCAAAAUAAGAGUCCCCCUACAAAGACACRUUAAACUUGGAAUAUGCCGUACAACUGUUUUUCACAGUAUUGCAACCACCUUUUAAGAAAAUGUCUUGAUAAUUUGACGUACUUUUAUUUUUAACCCCAUAGAGACRAUUUUCACGUCUUAAUCYGCCGAUGUCGCACUUCCGCAUCUGCGGUGAAAGGUGGCAGAGCUAGAGCUGUGUUUGUCAGACUAUGAGACAUUCCAAAAUAUCGGUCUUCUCACGAAAAUGUCUGUAGCGUCCGAACGGCUUACAAACUGUUACCCCUAUAUGGAAAGAUGAAACUCACGAACACAAUGUUGUGCUCUACGACCCCCACAAGCGUUUUGGGACUCGUUUGAAGUCAGUACAGCUGAUCUGCCAACUUCUGUCUGAACAGUUUGUGCUACACGCUAAUAUCUCUCACGAACACGUACACUACCGUUCAAAAGUUUGGGGUCACUUAGAAAUGUCCUUGUUUUUGAAAGAAAAGC